GUGCCUCUGUUUCCGGCUCGAGUUGCUCUUCCCAAGCCCGCCUUCAAUAUGUCCGAGACUGCGCCCGCCGCGCCCGCCGCUCCGGCUCCUGCCGAGAAAGCACCAGUGAAGAAGAAGGCCCGCAAGGCCGCGGGUGCCGCGAAGCGCAAGGCAUCUGGGCCCCCGGUGUCCGAGCUCAUUACCAAGGCUGUCGCCGCUUCCAAGGAGCGUAGCGGCGUGUCCUUGGCUGCGCUGAAGAAGGCUCUGGCGGCCGCUGGCUACGACGUGGAAAAGAACAACAGCCGCAUCAAGUUGGGUCUCAAGAGCCUGGUGAGCAAGGGCACACUAGUGCAGACCAAGGGCACUGGUGCCUCAGGCUCUUUUAAGCUCAACAAGAAGGCUGCCUCUGGGGAAGCCAAACCCAAAGCGAAAAAGGCGGGUGCGGCCAAACCCAAGAAGCCUGCGGGAGCGGCUAAGAAGCCCAAGAAAGCCACGGGGGCGGCCACCCCGAAGAAGAGCGCCAAGAAGACCCCAAAGAAAGCGAAGAAGCCUGCUGCGGCUGCGGGAGCCAAAAAGGCAAAAAGCCCGAAAAAAGCGAAAGCAGCCAAGCCCAAGAAGGCGCCCAAGAGCCCAGCGAAGGCCAAAGCGGUGAAACCCAAGGCGGCUAAACCAAAGACCGCCAAACCCAAGGCAGCCAAGCCAAAGAAGGCGGCAGCCAAGAAGAAGUAAAGUCUUUUGGCCAACUACUUAGAAGCUCAACACAACCCAAAGGCUCUUUUCAGAG